UUCAGAACGUUUUAUCUUUUACUCUCUCUCCGCGUGAGACUUUUGGGAGAUUUUGUCUGGAAUAAUUGCCCAAAACGCGACUCGCGAAUGUUUCUAGCACGCCGCACAAGUCCUCAACUAACUACACAAUUACUACUGCAGUUCGCAGACAAAACAAACAAAUUGCAAAGCCAAAAAAAGUUUCCAUCGUGAAUAUUUCGACCUCGUCGCGAAAGUUUCUGCGUUUCUGCUGCGUGCACCUGACACAGUGGCUGCCACAGCAAAAUGGCCACAGCGAAUGUGAAGAUCGUCGAGUCGAAGCUGGACAUAUUCCAAGCACCGCAGAGCUAUGCACUGGCCCAUGCCGUUGAGUCAUCGUUCUCGGCGCUGCGCGGCUCCCUCGCCUGGCAGUUCAGCCUCAUAUAUGGGGAUGUGGAGGAGCUGCGUCAGAGGCGGGUGGCGCGGGGCAACUGUGCCGUGCUGGAGCACAAUGCACGAUUCGUCUACUAUUUGGUGACCAAGACGAGCAUCUACGAUGCCUCCACAUAUGAGGACGUUCAGGCGGCAUUGAUUUGUAUGCGAGAACAUAUGCGCAAUCAUGAAAUCACCAAAGUGGCGAUGCCCCGCAUCUGCUGCGGUAACGAUGGCCUCGACUGGAAGCAAGUGAAGCGCCUGAUGCAGCAGACCUUUGCCCACGGCGAGUAUCCCAUCGAGAUUCUGAUCUGCGAGCAUGAGGACAUGUCCAAGGAGCUGGCUGCACCCAAGUGUCAGAUUACCGAGGCCAAGGGCAACCUGUUCAGUGCGCCGGAAAACUUCGCGCUGGUCCACUCUGUCAGUGCAGACUUUGCCAUGUGUGCGGGUAUCAACUUGCAGUUCCGCUGCAAGUUCGGCCAGACGGAUGAGCUGAAGAGGCAAAACAAGCACACGGGUAAUGUGGCAGUGCUGGAGCAGGGCGGACGGUUCAUCUACAACCUGGUGACCAAGGAGCGCAGCCACGAGAAGUGCACCUACACGGCCCUCUACUACGCGCUGCUGGCCAUGCGCGAACACAUGAGGGAGAACAGCGUCACAAAGUUGGCCAUUCCCCGCCUGGGGUGUGGCAUCGAUCGUCUGGACUGGCUGCGUGUCCGCAGCCUGCUGGAGCUGGUCUUCGCCGACGACAAAGUGGACAUCAUUGCCUUCUUCUACACUCCGCCUCAGAUGGUUAAGGCCAGCAUGAACAUUGUCUGUCCCACUUGUCAUCAUAUGAAGACCAUACAGAUACCGCGCUCGGUCAGUGCAUCGCGUCAAUCGCUCCACCGGGAGAAGACUCCAUUCUGAGGGCCGAAUCCAAUCGGAAUUGUAUAUAUGUACUCGAAAUGGUUUGCAUGGGGACUUGUAGCACCAAAUGCACCGCUGCUUAUCUAUGUAGUUGAUACCUAAAUACUUUAUCACCUAAGAUGUUUUUUUUGCACCUGGAAAUGCAUAUUCUGUGGGUAUUUAUAUUGUAAAUUAAUAAAUAUAUUGUGGCCCAAGCGGGCACAUAACCAAAAA